AUGUUUUACUUUAGUGUGGGUGUGCUGCUGCUGCCACUAGUAUGCUCACAACAACAUCAGGGCUGGUUAAACUCUCCAGAAUAUCCACUGGCAUAUCCCAUCAACAGCAAAGAGAAUUGGACCCUCUGUGCUUUUCCAGGAUUCACUGUAUCUCUAACCCUCAUUCACCUGGACCUGGAGAACAGUGCAAAUUGUGAACGUGAUUCUCUCAUGGUCUUCACUGGCAAAGAUCUGAUCAAGUCUCUGUGUGGUAAUUUGUCCUUUAUGGAGAUGCAGUCUUCCAUCAAUCCUCAUCUUCACUCUGCUUCGGGAGGUUGUUUAUCUACUUACUUUAUUACAGAUGACUCACUCCCACAGGUUCACACUGGAUACAGUGCAAUUUAUCAAAUGAAAGAUGUUGAUGAAUGUGCCGGCCAGCGUAAUCCAUGCAGCCACUUCUGCAUCAAUUUCAUUGGAGGAUUCCAUUGCAGCUGUCCACCUGGGUAUCUUCUUAACCAGGACAACCACACCUGUAAUGCAAUUAAUUGUGGUCCUCCUACCCCCUUGCGGAAUGCACAUGUAAAAUUUGUUAAAGGUUCUAGUAAUGAAUACCUGUCAGUCAUUGAGUACCACUGUAAUGAACCAUUUUACAAGGGAGAACAAAAUGGGAACUAUACAUGUAGUGCUGCUCAAGCAUGGAGGAAUACUGGCGAUAAUACAAUGCCUUCAUGCCAUUAUGUAUGUGGUUACCACAAAUUGCCGUCUUAUUAUGGCAGAAUAUUUGGAGGACAGCCAGCUCCCCCUGGUUCCUUUCCCUGGCAGGUCUACCUUCUUAAUAGGGACCAUCGAGGAGGAGCGAUUAUCAUUGGAGAAAGGUGGUUAAUGACUGCAGCUCAUGUGUUGGUGAAGCAUGCUACUACAGAUCUUGAACAAACAAAUAAUAUUAAGGCAUAUGCUGGGCAUAAUAAUUUAGAGGAAAUGACAAGAUUUACCACACUUGAUAUUUCAUCACUGCAUGUGCAUUCAAACUACACCACAGACUUUAACAAUGAUAUUGCCUUAAUUAAACUGAAGUCACCAAUCACAUUCAGCGCAAAUAUCGCACCAGUUUGUUUACCACAAAAGCAUUCCCAAGGGAAGUUAUAUCGAGGGUGGGUGUCUGGUUAUGGGAUAACCGAAGACUUUAUCAUUCCCAAUGAACUAAUGUAUGUCCACAUUUCUUCAGUGGAUCAAACAAUAUGUAGAGAUUCAUUUGAAAAAAAAAAAAAUGCUUUCACCACAUUUCCCACUGUUACGGAUAACAUGUUUUGUGCUGGAGUUAUGGGAGGCGGAAAAGAUGCAUGCAAUGGUGAUAAUGGGUCAGCCUUUGUUGUAUCUGAAAAUGGUGUACACUGGGUAAAAGGUAUUGUUAGCUGGGGUAUGGAAUCAUGUGCCCAAAAUGGCACAUAUGGAGUGUAUACCAAAGUAUCACGGUAUCUUGACUGGAUAAACAAGACAAUGAGUGAAAACUAGUAAUGCUUUUCAUCGAGCAUUUGUUUUGCCUUACAUUCAUAUUAAAUUCUGAUUGUGACUCACUUACACAAGCAAGCGUACGCACACACACACACACACACACCGGUUUACCGACAGAGACUCUUACUCACAAGCGCGCACGCACACACACACACACACACACACACAUGCACACACAUACAAACACAAAAUAAAAAAUGCUUUACACGCGCACACGUUGUCACAGUGUUUUAGUAAACAGUAUAUGAGUGCACAGAUGAGCGACUACACGAGUGACGCAUGCACACUGAGCCCGCUUAUGGGAGACGAUUACCCACAAUACUACUCGUAUUUCAAGAACUCGCUCGUUUACCGAGUCUAAAGUCUUAUCUUGCUCAUCUUGCAAAACACUCACAGACAAAGGCACUCACAAUUCAAGGUUUGACUGUAAUUUGAAUCUUAUAGAAUAUUAAUGUCACUAUAACUUUAUUUGUAGUAAUGAGACAUUAUUGAAAACAUUUGUAACAUUCAAAUGUUUUACUGCGGGUAAGAGUCUCAUCACUGUACUCUGCUUAAAGUACUGGUUUGAUUUGAAUGCCCCUUGUAUGUAACAAGAUCCACUAGUGUCUCUUGUUACAUACAAGAGUGUAUGUGUGUAAAAGUGUUUAAUAACAAUUUAUUACUGUUUGCUUCCAUUUUAUUCUUCUGGUACUUAGUUUUACAUAAUUUGGGUCUAACUUACUCUCAUCAAACUUAAAAAAAGGGACAAUAUUUAAAAAAAAAAAACAUUCAUUAUGAGUAACACAUCAAUUACUCAGGUCAAUAUUAGUGCUGCAAACAUUUAUAUCAAACACCUUUUGUUCAUUUGCUUUUCUUUUUGUAUUAUACAGUAAAAAGUAACAUUAAAGCCCAAUCCCAAUUCUAUUUUCUACCCCUUAAUUUCAAUGCAUGAAAUAUUUUACAGUACAGAAUACACCUUGGUGCCUGGCCAUCAGAAGUCCAGAAUUCUCUUUGUAUUUGUUUCUUUUGCUAAUUCCAUGCCAAAAAAUUUCAACAUUUAUUAUGUUAA